UAAUACUUUCUUAAUUUGUACUCGGUUCUAUUGCUGCUAUGUAAAACUUGUCGUUUGCCGUUCAUUUUGUGGUCUGUGGCGGAUUCUUGCCGGUAAAUUUGUGCUGAGAUCUAAAUAUUCAAAACGUAUUCAUUAUAGAUACAUUGGUCAAACAAUAAACAACAAAACUAGAGUAAAAAACAACUAAAACUAAACUAAAAAAAAAACUUUGAAAACAACGUGUAUUUUCAUAAAAAAUUGCAUAACAAUAGUUGAACUAAUUGAGCAAUUAAAACAAGACAUUAUCUAAAAUUGUGUGGCGUGCCUGUAGAAAUUUCAAAUUCUAUUUGACAAAACAUUUUUCCAUAAAAAUCAAAAACUACAAACACAACUAUCCUGUCAGGACUAUUGUGGAUAAUUGAAGACAGCGCAAUUUUAAAAUAAAAACAUUUAUCAUCAUUUGUUUAAAACAAUUAUCAAACUGCAUACGCAAAUUGCGUCAUGUCCGCAACUUCGACUAGUACUACACCACAUCAUCAUACCGCAAAUCCUAAACUACAACAACAGAGACAAUCAGCAUCAUCCUACAAUCAGCAGCAACAGCAACAACAUCCCGACAUAACAAAAGAAGAAUUCGAACGGAUAUCGGAGGCUCUUAAAAAGGAAGAAUUUCGUAAAUUAUUCCUUGAUUAUAUAGAAGAGAUCCAAGAUCCGGAGAAUCGUAAACGCUAUGAAGAGGAAAUCAAACAAAUUGAAGCUGAACGUGGUGUUGAUGUAGUUUUCAUACAUCCACAACCGGGUUUCGUCAUUAAAACAUCUCAGGAUGGCAACCAGAAAUGUUUCAUCAACUGUGCCAAGAGUGAACAUGUAGCAAAGCCUACAAAUGAAAUAUGUUCGGAUCCUAAGACGGGCUCACGUGGCCUGAGUUGGUCCAUACCAAUGGCUCAGGCACCGCCGCGUGAUGAUCUGGAUAAUAAUAAGAAACGUUGUCGGGUAUACGAUGUUGUCUUCCAUCCGGAUGCCUUGUAUUUGGCCGAACGUAAUACAUCAUUUCAUAAGUGCCUUGUAGAUACAGCGCUGGAUGCUGUUGAGAGAGAAUAUAAGGUCAACUUAGAUCGCGUUAACAUCAAAUUUCCCAAACUAGAAUUCAAGGGUAUUGCUCGACCAACUGUGAUACGUAAAUUGGCUAAAGAUCCACCAGCCGAAUGCGAAGAACCGCAUCCCCUUGAAAAUAUUUAUCCAGCUAAACCGUCGGACAAUGCUGGCAUACCCAAAGUGCUGCCGAUGAAAACGAUCGACUGUAGUACAUCAACAAAUAAAUCAUCUGAUUAUAGCACCCCAAAGUACACAUUAAAACAUCGCCAUGAUGUUGAUCUCACUGAAUACACACAUGAAUUAGAUGCUAAAUUACAUGUCUCCACACCGCGUGAACUUGUUGUAGACAUUGAAUUGCCCCUAUUAAAUUCAAGCAACGAAUGCCAAUUGGAUGUUACUGAGAAGGCAGUGUUCUUGUUAAGUGAACGUGCCGGCGCUAAAUAUCGCUUGAAUAUAGAUUUACCGUUUAAGGUGAACGAUAAGGAGGGUUCGGCUAAAUUUGAUGUAGACACGAGACGUUUGGUUAUAACGCUGCCCGUGAUACGAGCGAGUGUAGAAAAGCAAAGGCAAAUGCAUGAGAGCCUGCUACACUUGAGUCGUGAAGAUAGUGGUGUCGAGAGUGAUAUGCGCGAUGAAUUGUUAUCGAGUAAUAGUGAAUCGCCCGUAGAGGAAAUCAGUUCAACAAAUAUGGAACAUACAUUGAACAAGGCUAGUGAAGAAAUUUCCCUGAAACAAGAAGAAGAGGCGGCAGAACAACAUUUUCUACAAUCAAAUAUUGAUUACCAAUUACCUGCCAAAUUCGAUUGUAAUGUUUUGGACAAUACCAUGUCCUGGGUAUUGCAUGUACGCAACGUGCAGGAGGAUUCACUGCAAAUAAAACGUAGUGAUAAUAUGCUACAUUUGAAAUUCAUAUCCCUCGGCAGUGGUUAUUAUCCCACACAUUAUUCAUUUUAUAUACAGCUGUCCCCCGAGGAUAAAGAGGCUAAAAUCUUAGAUGCCGAUGCGGAAGCAUGGGAAAAUAAUGUCGUUUUAAAUCUACACUUGAAUACAAAUGUCGAGCGUUUGUCUAGCUAUCUAGCUGGUUUAGAUAGUGAUCAAUUACAGGAGUAUGUAAUACAGGAAAAGUUUAAGGUGGCUCAUAAGUCCAGACAAAGGCAAAAGGAACAGUCUUUGGACAUUUCAAUAGAACGUUCGGAAUGUGAAAAAACCGUGGAAAUUGAAAUAAAAUCACGACCUGUCGAAAUGUCUACUUGUAAUGCCAAUACUACAGAGGAUGAAGAGGAAUGUAAUGUUGUGGGCCAGGGUGGUGAAGCUUCCUCAAAUCAGCAGAAUCAAAAGAAAGUUAAUAAAAAACAAAAACGUAAAAAUAAAAAACGUCGUUCCCUGUCCGAGUCCGCUUGUGACGAUAUAAAAGCAUAUCAACAGCAGCAACAACAACAACAGCAACAACAGCUGCAACAAAAUUUAAUAACCACUCCAGUGUCCGAAGCUAACGAAACCGAACACGAUGAAAAUGCUGAUGAUGCCGAUGACGAUGAAGAGGAUUCUUCACCCGAACGCACCGAGAAAUCUAACAAAUCUCUACAUGCCACUUCACUGUCUAUGAAUGUACCCUUAGCUAAUAGCUGUAAUAAUAAUAAUUCCAACAACUCGAUUAUUGCUCAGCAACGCAAACAGCGAAGCUUCUCGGAAUCUCGUGACAGCGCUAUAAGCUUUAGCGCCGGUAGUUCAUCGUACAAAGGUAUUCUCAAGCAUUACAGUCGUUACGAGCCGAGACCUUCAAUAUCUGAUUCCUGCGAUUCCAUUGAUGAAUACUCAUCAUCAGCCUACUCGACUUCAGUCGAUGGCAUGACCAGUGCUUUCAAUUCAUUGCGUUUUUCACAAUCGUUUAGUGAUAUACCGGAGGAGAAUGUCGUUGGUCUGUCAGAAAGUUGCAAGAAGACGGUACGUUUCAGUGAGGUCAUCAAGAAGCAGGUGUUUAGAUUAGACUCCAGCAUCUUGGGACAACGUAAAAAGAAUCAAAAACGUCGUGAUCGCAAACAACGAGCUCUGCAGCGACGUCUCAGCGAAGGAGAUUCGGCUGAUUAUGAAGACAAUAAGCCCAUGGCACCACUACCAACCACUUCACCAAGUGCUCAAUAUCUCAAAUCGAAAAAUAACCAACAAAAUGUGGCCAACAAUUGCAAAAAUGUCAACUCCAAUAAACAUAAAACAACUGAUAAAAAAUCGAAUAAAUUACGUGCCAGAUUGGAAUCAGAAUCUUCAUCAGAUGUGGAUAAUCAUAAAAAUUCAAUGAUGUUUGAAAUGGACAUGUAACCACCACAACAACUACAACAUUCUCAUAUAAAUAUAAUAAUAAAAGAAACAAAAAUUAAAUGAAAUCAAAACAGAUUUAAAAAUCUUCAAUCAUACAUACCCACCACACCAUUAAAAUCAUCACAACAAUUACCACAAACAAACAAAAAACGCAUAUUUUUUCAUAAACCAUAUAGAAACAUAAUAAACAACAUUUAAUUGUUUUAGAUGAUAAAAUAUGUAUUAAUUAAAUGUAAUUUUUAAUUGUUAUAGUAGUAGGGUAAUAUGUAGUUUUCUAGUAACAUUCGAAAUUUCGAAUAAUUAAAUAUUGCCUUAAAAAAACAUACAUACAUUUUAAAACUCAUGAAAAUGAAUAUUAUAAAUUCAAUACAAGCAUGCUUAUUAUUAUUAUUAUCAUCAUCAUUAUUAUAUUAUUAUUACUAUCCAUAUAAAUUGGCCUUAAGUUGAACAAAUUUUAUAAAGAUUUUUUUAACCCAAAAUUAUAUUAUAAUAUUAUUAAUUUCUCGUUAUGAAAUACAUAUUUGUGAAUUUACAAUAAAUUCUAAAAAUUAAAAUACACAAAAAGACUUAUAUAUUUUAAAUUGUUAUGUUACUGCUUUGGAAAAAUUAUAAAUUUAAAUUUUGUUAACUUUUUAUUUCUUUUGUUUUAAUUAUAAAUAUUUUUAUUUUAAAUUGUAUGUAAAAAAAAACACUUUGUAUUGCAUUAAUAAUUGAAGAAUUUGAAAUCAAUCUUGCAUGCUGUGUAAUAUUAAGUUACUGCCUCUCCUUUUAUAAUUAUAUAUAUAAAAAUAUGUUUAUGUAAUAUGUAUUUAGAAUUUAGUUUGCCACCACAAAUAUAUGUAUUUGGCUUUACAUUGAGCUAAACAUUUAUAUUAUAAAACUAUUUUCAUUCAUUUAUUAUUUACUAUAUUUCCUUAUGUUUUAUUUUUAUAUAACACAUUCAUGUCAUAAAAAAUUAACACAUUUUGGAAUUAUUUCCUUAUAUAAUUGUGCAUGUUAUUAUACAGCAAGAGAACUUUUUUUUCUUAUUAAUAAGUUACUACACAUACAUUGUAUAUGAUUUUCUUUUAUUAUUGUCAAAUAAAUACAAAAAAAAAUUAUAAAAAAAUUAAA